UGGAUUGAGCGUCAAUCCUCGUCUCCGUCAAGAUGGAGAAGUUAGCAAUUUUAAUCCAGUUUAUAUUUAUUUAUUCCGUUUUGGGGGAUUCAACAUACUAUAGUUCCUACUAUGGGUUGCCUUUAACCUCUACUCAAGUUGCUGCAUACACAUCCAAUGGCACCGCUGCAAACUGUACAGUUGCAGUGGAGGCUUGCGAUGAAACCGAACCUAGGCGUAUUGAUGGUACAUGCAACAAUCUGAAAUACCCAUCAUACGGUGCUACUCGCACUCCAUACUACAGAAUCCUCGAUGCUUCUUACCAUAAGAAGUCGAGUUCAGAAUUUGAGCCCAGGCUCUCGUCGUCAGGAACAGAACUAAACCUUACAAGGAAAGUCAGAACUUCAAUCUGGGCUGAAGGGCGAGUGGACGAUGAAGUCCUCACCAGUGUUAUAAACCACAUGGCUGUGUUCUUCGCAACUGACAUCACUAACACUCGUGACACUACAAACUACGUAUCUUGGCGACCAUACUGCUGCAAGGCUGAAGGUAAAACUGACUACGCUUGCACCCCCAACCACGUGCCAAAAGAUGACUUCGUGCACCGCUUCUCUGGAAUCAGGUGCUUGAACAUGACCAGACCACUGACAUUCCAGACUUCUGGAUGUGCUCCUAAUACUACUACACCAUUGAGAAUUGUAGACGCUACUCCCCUGGUAGACCUGUCUCCUAUUUACGGUAACACUAUUGAGAAGGCAAGACGCACGAACUCCGGUGGAAGACUUGUCACCGUGACAGUUAAUAACAGAAUUAAUUUCCCAGACACAUCAACCCUCAAUCUUCUUCUUGGAAUCAACUUUGUGGGUAUUAUUCUCUUCUGGAACAACCACAACUUCAUCGCCGACCAGCUUGCUGCGGUCAACCCCUGCUGGACUGAUGACCAGCUUUUUAACACUGCUAGGGAAAUCAACAUCGCUUAUGGAGUUCAAAUGUUCUACUAUGAACUUAUGGCUACUUUGAUGGGCAAGGACAACCUGAUCGCCGACGGUAUUUUAUCUGAAAACGAAGGCUUCAGGGAUCUAUAUGACGAAACCAAACUGCCACAAAUUGCGUUGGAGUACCCAGUAGUGUUGAGAUGGAUGCAUUCUCUACAAGACGGUGACUUGAGAAUGUACUACGCAAACGGAACAUACAAAUCCACCUUCCCCAUAGUGGACCUGACCUCGAACACUGACUUUCUGAAGGUGGACGACACCAUGGACUACGUGACUCAAGGGUUCUUCAGACAGCCUACAGCCAAUUCCAAUGACUACGUUGUGGACCCUGAUAUUGUUCAACGAGGUCUCGGUCGUCUGCAGAGGUCUAAUGACAUCAUGACAAAUGACUUGGCCAAGAACCGUUACUUCGGUUUCAAGGGAUAUACUGACUACAGGAACCACUGUUUCGGUGAUUCCAUCACCAGCUUCGAUGACUUAACUGACAUCAUUGAUGUUGAGAGGAUAACACAGCUGAAACAGUUGUACAAAGACGUGACUGACAUCGAUCUGUUGGCCGGUAUAUGGGUAGAGAGGAAGAAGGAGAACUCUCACGUACCUCCCACCUUCUACUGCCUGGUGAAAGAACAGCUGGAGAGGUCAAUGGUCUCAGACAGACACUGGUACGAAAGAGACACAAGGCCAAAUGCUUUCACUGCUGAUCAAUUAGCGCAAAUCCGUAAAGUGAGUUUGGCGCGUAUGCUGUGUGAUAUCGGACCUGGUGUUACUGAGAUCCAGCCUAGAGCAUACGAGUUGCCUACUACUGGUAACGAGAUCGUCAGUUGUAAUCAAAUUCCCAACUUAGACUACUCAUACUGGAAGGACUAUUCGCUCACCUGCACUACAUAAGCAUAGAAGAAUAUUCUAACACAAGAUUUAAUGUAAUUCUUGAGAAGGACAUUUUUAAACAAGAAAAGUUAAAUAAAGCCUCGUAAACUCGACAUAUUAAAUUUUAUGAUUCUUAUGCCCGAAUACUCAAACGCUACUCAAUUUUAAGACGCUCUCAAAUGUAGUUCUGUCACUAUCAAUUCUUUAUAAAAUGACAGAGAUAGCACGAUAUUUAAGUACAACUUAAAAUUGAAUAGUGUUUGAGUAUUCGGGCGUUAAAAUUUCGUUUGCAUAUUUUUGAUUUUGAAGUUGUUUGCAAUGCAAUUAGAUAUAUUAUAUAAAAUGAAUUAUUUAAUGAAAUGAAUUUUGAUUGAUUAUUAAUUAAAAAAAAUAUGAAUCCUCUGCCUAUUCAUAGACAUUUUCACAUUUUUAUAUUGUCAUAAGUAAAACUGUUACAAAUAAA